AUGACCCAAGAGUCUCGCCAGCGCUCCGUGUCAAAUAUCUCCAAUUCUUCGGACCCUUCUGCCCGUCGCGGGCCUCGCCCGAAUCGCAUCCCGCCCGGCAAUCUUCCGCUGCCCGAAAUCCCCAGCGUCACCUCGUCGCCGUCGUCGUCCCUCCAGCCUCUGGGACUGAGCAAUCUCGGCUCGCCAUAUCCUUCUUUCUCGCCCGGAGGAGCAAGCGCACCUUCUACAAGCCCACGCGGAAGGGCGCAUACCGUUGCUGAUCCACUCACCGCGCAGCGGCAGCAGCCGUACCUCCAGGGUCCAGCUAUGCAUCAAUACAUUCCCCCUCCGCCGCCCCAGCCCUCGAGCACGCCCGCUGGCCAUAUUGCCCUCCCUCCACCACCGCCGCGGCCCACGAAUUACGGCAACCUGGGCGGCAUACCCAUCCCGCCGCCCCCGCAUGCGAACAACUGGGGUCCACCAAGACCCCAGUACCAGCAGCAGCAAGGCUACGACCCGGGCCAAUAUCGCAACUACCCUCACAACAUCCCCCCUCCCCCAGGGCCUCCGCCUCAACAAAUCCAGCAUGAGCGCGAACCUCCUCUGACGUCAGCCACCUACAUCCCAGGCGGCGAGUCAUUCGGACCUGGCGUAGGCAUACCUCCACUGCACACCUCCAGAGGCUACCCAGAACCCUACUACAGGGAUGAUAAUUACUCUGCCAACACCGACACUUCAGCCCAGGGCUUCUCUAGCAGCCUCCUCGAGAGCGUGCAGAGCGUGCAAUAUGGCUCCAACAACGGCUUCAACGUUCCCCAGACGCCCAGCAGUCGCAACCACCUCAACAUACCGACCGAACGAGCUCAGGUCUACGACUCGCCUGGGCCACCAACCGCAACCCUACAGAACCCCAUGGUCCAGAACCAUGGCAGCGUCUACCACCGCUCCGAAAGCAACGGCACGACCCCGAUAUCCCCACACGACCACUCCAUGCACUGGCCGGCCGAACGUGUACAACACUGGCUGGCGAGCAACAAUUUCUCACGAGACUGGCAAGAAACUUUCAGGACAUUGGGUCUGGAAGGCUCAAAGUUUUUGGACAUUGGCCGCGGCCAUGGUAGCAAAGGCAAUGUAGCCAUGAUGCACCAGGUCAUCUUUCCGCAGUUGGCCAAGCAAUGCACUGCAAGUGGAACUGGGUGGGAUCAGAACAGAGAGCGAGACGAGGGCCGCAAGCUUCGUAGGCUUGUACGCUCCAUCGUGGAGACAGGCACCACCGCCAACCCCCGGGCAGCACCGCAGCGAUCCGAUACUGGCAUGACGAGCGCCGGAACAGAGGGUACUGUCGAGAAUUCACCCUACAUCGGCACCCGGGGUAUGGACUUUGGAUCAACGCCUACCACUGCUGGCAAUGGCGAAGAGAGUCCUGGUCGCCAACUGCUAUUGCAUUCGCCUGGCGGCAGCACCAACCCACCCAGACGCAUCUCUACACAGCAACGCAAUUUCACUGUUCCAGGCCUUGGCCCGACUCCAGACUUUUCAGAAGGACCUGCACGCAGUCCCUACUCAAGAGAAGUUCUCCAGGGCCUCGAUCCAAAGUCUGUACGACACAGCCCGAAUGCAUCUUCAGAAUUUGCGCCAUCCUCCCUGGGGGCGACAAACUAUCGCCAAGCAAGUCCGCAGCAAAGUCCGGCGCUGCCAUCAGCCCGCCUUGCUACUAACGGGGGGCAGCUCAGCGCGGGUUUAAACAACAACGGGUCCCGCUACUACUCUCCCCACAACCGCGUCAACAGUACCGAAUCGAUCAACUCCACUUUUGCAAAUACUGGCUCUGGUCCACCUUCGGGCAGGUCGUUCGAAAACCGGUCUGAUAGUCGCAAUGAGAAUCGGAAGAACGGCUACGAAGGCUCACGGCCGGGCACUGGAUUAGCAAGAUACGAUAUGGAGGUGCCGAGCAGCGCCAAAGACCAUGAGAAGGGUUUCUUCAAAAAGAUCAUGGGCGGGCGGAAGAAGGAGAACUACCCAUCUCCCGAUGACAUCAGCCUGGAUUCACCUACCAGUCCGGCAAGUCAUCGUACUCAUCCAAGCGGCUCUCUGUUUGGGAAGUCUGGCAUGAACUCCAGUGAAACAUCUUUGAACGAACGGCCCCCUUCGAGGCGAUCAGCUCAGAUGGACUCUGAUAAUCGAGCAGCGGGUCGUGCCCGUGCAUCUGGAAGAGAAGACCGCAAAUAUGCUUUUGUCACACCGGAUGGCUGGAAUUACCGGCUCAUUGACAUCACCAAUGUAGACUCAGCAGCAGCUCUACGGACCGUAUGCUGUGAAGAGCUAAGUCAGGGUUUGAGCCAGAUAUCUGGUGUAGAACUGCACCUCACACUUCCUGGGCAACAGGAGCACGAUCACCCUCUGUCCGACUCCAAACUGCUCAAGGCCCGGUCACAGUAUGGAAAUCGAGUUGGCGAGCUCAAGAUCUUUGUCAAGAUACCUCAAGAGGGGACCAUACCCCCCUCUGCUGGUCUGGGAGUCUCGCUUCCCCAUGUAUCUGCCAGAUCCAUCGAUGAAGACGCAUACUCUCGACUAAACGCCGAUUCUCAGCUAGACUCUCCAGGCGGAAAAUCUGGGGAAUCAACGCUCGUCGCCGACAGAAGUGCAGCUCUUCGCAAGAUGGCUGAGAAAAACGAGCUCAUGUCCAAUAACGCGACCGACAGGCCUGCAGAGUCUGCUUGGGAGCCGCGUGAUGACUUGGCUGAGGAGGAACGACGGAAGCUGCUUGAAGCCGCUGCUGAAGAGCACCGGAAGGAGACCAAGCGGAAACAGGACGAAUACCUAAGGAGUCGUUUCCAGAAAAUCAACGGACACAGUCCUGACCUGAAUCCUACUUCGAGCGACCAACUCAGCUACCGAAGUCAGCGCAUUGUUGACUUUGAUGAACCUCGUGCUUCUCCUUACGAGGACGUGAAGAAACAGUUUGAUGGGAAGCCUAAGCAACUUGUUCCUUUGAGAGAACCACCACCAGUGCCUGCCGAUACUAGUACGUUGUUGAAGGCUAAUUCGUUAUCAAGGGCCAAAAACCGCGGCUCAUGGCCCGAGAGCGAUGAUGGCCAGGCCAAGCGAAGAUCCACAGAGUCGCAGUCAGAAAAGCGCAAAGCCAUUCCACAGGGUGCAAGCGGGCUGGGAGGCAUUGCUGCUGCCAUUAUCGGCGCUGGCAAUCUUGGGGCAGGAAUAGGAGCAGCGAACCGAGCACCACCACCAAAGGGUUCGCAACCGCCGUCAAAGGACGAAAGCUCUCCUGAAAGCAUUCGACCAUCGCAACAGAUACUGCAAGAUAACGGAUUCGCAGCUAGAUCCGGCUCUGGCAGGAACAGUCCAGGUGGGUCACCUCGCAGUCCCGGCGAUUUCACAAUGAGCAAGGGCAAUAUACCUUUCAGAAUACCUGACUAUGAGGAAGCUUUCGGAAACGACACGUCGAACGAGAGGCCAGACCUUACCCUCGCAAUGCCUGAUCCAACAGUAGUACGACCGAGAGACGAACGACCUCGCUCACCGAAUCGAAGCCCUCACACAGCCCAAGCUCCAGAGUCUACACUGAGUAGGGAACCGUCAAGGGUGUCGAUAUAUGGCCCUACUCACGAUUUCGAGGAAGCCCGAGUGUCGUUCAUUACAAAGUCCCCAAACCUUGAGCCUAUGGAUUCUGAGGACGACGAUUCCGAUGAUGGCUUAUUCGCUGCGCCGCUCGCAGGACGAGCUGGUCCGCCCACACCUGCGAAGAGCACACCUAUCGCCCGAACGAACUCCCGUAGCCAACGGCCAAACCUUACACUUAAGACACAACGAUCAAAGAACUCAUUGGCGCAAGUCACAGAGAAGUCCGCUGAGCAAAGCGCGACUGGCGACCGCGACUCACAGCCAAGCGACUUUCACCCCGAGUCCGCUGCAUCUGCAACGUGGACCGACUCCCCGAACGAUACGAACAAGUUUUCGCGUCGCGAGUCAUUCGCUAGCGAUGUUUGGGCGAACCGUCCGCCAGCUGAAGCCCUUGUGGAACACCUUGACGAGCUUUUCCCGAAUGUCAAUCUCGACCAACCUAUGCUUGAGGAAGAGGAAGCGGAUGGCGCUACGGAGUCAGUCAAUGAUUCCCAGUCUGCGCCUGUCGAGCCCACUCCUGUCAAUCAGCCUCUCACUCGUGGUGGUGCUGGGCUGCAGAGUAUCGCACAACGUAACUUGAGAAAGUCAGGCGCUGGCCUUGGCCGUACCAAGUCUAUCCGUGAAGUCGUGAAGUCACAAUAUCAGCCACUCGACAAGAGGCCACUUCCGGGUCAGGCACAUGCUGGUGCCGGUCCAUCGCGAGUUGCUACAUUACGCAAUGGCGGCGACAUUGUCAGGCGAAAGUCAACGAAGAUGUUCAAUGCCAGGACCGAGCAAGUACGACCUCAACGCGGCUCGCGCCUCGUUAUGGAGACAAUACCUCAAGAUCAUCUGCCAAGUGUUCCAUCGCGGCAGCCAACAUUCAAAUGGAUGAAGGGUCAACUUAUCGGCAAAGGCACAUUCGGUCGCGUCUACCUCGGUAUGAAUAUCACCACCGGAGAGCUUAUCGCAGUCAAACAAGUCGAAGUCAACGCCAAAGCUGCUGGAUCCGACAAGGACAAGAUCAAGGAACUCGUCAAGAGUCUGGAUCAAGAAAUCGAUACCAUGCAGCAUCUCGACCACCCCAACAUUGUGCAGUACCUCGGAUGCGAGCGCAAAGAGUACAGCAUCUCCAUCUUCCUUGAGUACAUUUCUGGUGGCAGCGUAGGGUCUUGCAUCCGCAAGCACGGAAAAUUUGAAGAGUCUGUUGUCUCCUCACUCACACGACAGACGCUGCUCGGCCUCUCGUACCUCCACCGCGAAGGCAUUCUCCAUCGCGAUCUUAAAGCUGACAACAUCCUACUGGACCUGGACGGCACAUGCAAAAUCUCCGACUUUGGUAUCUCCAAGAAGAGCGACAACAUUUACGGCAACGACGUGACAAACAGCAUGCAAGGCUCCGUCUUCUGGAUGGCUCCUGAAGUAAUCCGCUCCCAGGGCCAAGGUUAUUCUGCUAAAGUCGACAUCUGGUCUCUGGGUUGCGUUGUCCUGGAAAUGUUCGCGGGCAAACGUCCUUGGUCCAAGGAAGAAGCUAUCGGCGCCAUCUACAAGCUCGGUAGCUUGAACCAGGCUCCUCCCAUUCCCGAAGACGUGUCCAGGGUGAUUGGAGUAGAGGGCUUGAGCUUCAUGUACGACUGCUUUACGAUUGAUCCUAUGGAGCGUCCUACGGCUGAGACGCUGCUGCGAGCGCCUUUCUGCUUCAGUGAUCCGAAUUACAAUUUCCUAGAUACCGAGCUUUAUGCUAAGAUUAGGGGGGCCUUCCAGUAA